UCAGUUGUGGCAGUUGCUCGCUGACAUGUUUCACACAACCAGCAGUGUUUCCUCUGCAGCCAGCACACAGCUGAAAGAGGCCUCUGAACACAGGAAGCUGGUGGCUGCAGGUCUAUGGCAGUCUGGCUACCACGCUGACUGGAUGUACGUGAGGGAGGGAGGAGAAGGAGCGGAGGAGGUGGGGUGCUCCAGCAGAGACCUCCUCCUGGCGUUAGGCUGGCUGCUCGCUAUGGGGACCCUGGAAAAACUGCUGACUCAGCGAGUCCAGCAGCUGGACAGAACACUACUCACACCUACACCUGUUGACCCUCACAUUUCCCAUGAGGUCCAGUUAGACUCUGCUUCCCUCAGGAGACUUCAGUGGCUCAUUGGCUGUCUGAGACACCAGGGGCGGACAAUGCUGUCCAUGCAGGAAGAGAGAGCUGGGCUGCUUCACGCUGUUUUUUCUGCCAGCCUCCCCUCCUCUGCAUCCUCCUCCUCUGAUCAAAGCUCUGCAGUGCUGAGGGAAGACUGUGCACGUAUGAGGGAGCUCUGUGACCUCCUUGAAGCUUACCUGAACUGGAAACAGGUGGAGAAAGUCUUCUGGACCUGGAUGGAUAGUGUAGUGGAUUGCCAUUUGAAAGAACCUGUUGUUGGGAGGCCUACACACAGAGCCAAUAGGAAAGCCGCAGUUUGUCACCACGGAAACCGGGGUUUAGAGAGACUGGAGGACAUGCUGUUGAAACUGCCCACAUUACAGAAAGGACAGAGGAGAGGCAGAAGGGAUGCUGAAGACAGAGGAGAGAGAGGAGUGAGUUUGCAAGGUGGAUCGGACACCUCCUCCCUCCCUCCUCUCCUCUCUUCUCUCCCCUCCCCGACCUCCCUGCCCCUCCUCUCCCAGGCCUACCGAGCCAGGCUCCACACCGAGAGGCCGGUCAGACACCGCAGCCGCGGCGGGGACGAGGAUCCGGACGAGCUGUCGGCUUCUCAGGCUGCACAGAUGCUUCUUCGCACAGAGGCCAGGCUGCUGGAGAGGAGGGACAGGCAGAGACUGGCUAAUAAGACACAGCUGCAGGAGAUGACCGGCAGGCUGGAUGAACUGGUGUUGAUACCACCGUAGAAUAGACUUUCCUUUUAUUCUUCAUAGUAACUUAUACAAUAUGAAUGAGUUGAUCGUGUCAAUGUGAAAAGGACUUGUUUUUCUUACAGUUGUUCACAACAUAAGAAUGUGAUCUGAU